UCCGUGUGUGUCACGCAAGAAGCGUCAUCAAGCUAGCUCGGCUUCAAACAAAAGUAGUCUAUGAUGUAAAUGUCGCCUUUUACCACAUUUCAGUGGAAGACAGCCAAAGCACUUCACACGGGUGGGUAUUUAAUCACGGUUUUGUGAUACGUCUUGUGUUUAUUCACACAUCCGCUCCAAUAGAAAACGGCAAGGGUUUUAUUUUGAAACAAUAAACGGAUGUAGUUGUAGUGGCAGGUUACUUUAGAUGUCGACUGUGUGGAGGCGGACGCUGUCAGUCAUAUAAUCUGGUUUGUGACUGGAAGAAACUGGAAGAAAUAAUAUUAGGAUGGCGUGAGGAUAUUCUACAGUUUCAUUCAAAGCAUGUAGGGUUUAGGGAAAUAAAUACGUUCUUAAAGUUUCAGGUCCAUUCUUUCUUUAUGGGGGAUUUUUAGCAUCUCGAUCCACACUCCUCGCCUGAAGGGGGCGGUAGCACUCACCAUAAGUUGUUUGCCAACCACAGAAGAGUAGGUCGCCUUCCAAAGUUUACAUUGCCUCUUACACUUUUGGCUCAACGUCCGGCUAGGUAGCCUGCUAGUUACCCUGCUGCUUCCUGUUAGGCCGGGGUGAGCUUGGCAAUGGCGCCUCUUCGCGUGUUGUGUGUGCACGGCUACCGCCAGAGUGGCGCUUCUUUUCGGGACAAGACUGGAGCUCUGAGGAAGCUGCUGAAGAAACAGGUGGAGCUGGUAUACGUGGACGCGCCUCAUUGUGUUGUACAAGCCCACGAGAAUGAUGAUGGUUCAGAUGCGGGUGGAGAUCAGGACUCCAGAGGCUGGUGGUUCUCGGACCCCCAGGCUCGGACCUUCAAUGCACAGCAGCAGUGCGAGGAGAGUUCUGGUCUGGAGGAGAGCGUGGCGGCUGUAAGGGAGGCUGUGAAGCUCCAAGGUCCAUUCGACGGCAUCUUGGGCUUCAGCCAAGGCGCUGCCUUCGUCGCCAUGCUGUGCGCUCUGCAGGAACAACACGCUGAGCCUGACUUUCACUUUCGCUUUGCCGUUCUGGUCGCCGCUUUCCGCAGCACCUGCACUCAGCACCAUAAGUUCUACUCCUCUCCAGUCAUGAUGCCAUCGCUUCACGUGUUUGGAUUGGAGGACCGCGUCAUCCCUGACCGCAUGAGCAGGGAGCUCCUCCCCUGCUUCCAAGACCCACACAUCCUCACACAUCCUGGCGGACAUUUUGUCCCGGCUGGUUCUGCUCACCGACAAACCUACCAAAACUUUUUGGAAGCAUUCCAGUGAGGGAAACAUUGGAAGGUAAACUGGAGACUCUAGUAAAUAAA